ACGUGGGGAACUACCGAAAACGUAAGCGGAAUCGCGUCCCGGCGGUGGAUCUGCGCAUUCCUAAAUCCACCGAGCUCCACACAGAACCCCAUCAGCGCCACCCCCGCUCCCUCUAGCAGCUUCACCUUCACCUCCACCUCCGCCAACAUGUUCAACACCCGUCGCAUUGCCUUCAAGUUCAUCGCUCGUGAACAAGGAGAGGGCGUCGGCGCCACGGUGCGACGCUCGCUGGGCUCCCAGCAGCUUCGCAAUCUCGACCCGUUCCUUAUGUUGGACGAAUUCAACGUAGGACUACCCGGAGGAUUCCCCGACCACCCGCACAGAGGCUUCGAAACCGUCACGUACAUGCUACCAACGUCCAAGGGCCACAUGCGUCACGAGGACUUUCUGGGCAACAAGGGCGAGCUCCGACCAGGAGAUCUGCAGUGGAUGACGCCUGGCAAGGGGAUUUUACAUGCCGAAAUGCCUGCGAAUGAGGAGAAAGCGCACGGUUUACAGCUGUGGAUCAACUUGCCGAAAGCCAAGAAGAUCAUGGAGCCUAGAUACCAGGAGAUCAGUCGAGAUACUGUGCCCCACGUGUGGGAUGACGCUAAAAAGGUCGAGGCUAUUGUGUUCGCUGGUGAAGUAUUCGGUCAAAAGGGUCCGAUUGAGACCGAAGCGCCCGUGACGUACAUUCACUUCCUCAUGAAGCAAGGAGCUGAGCUGGAUUAUAAGAUUCCACAUGGACACAACACGUUCGUGUACACGCUGACUGGCUCGGGCAAGUGUGCAGGUGAAGACGUCUCGGCUCACCACGCUAUUGUCAUGGAGCAGGAAGGAGAUGGCGUGCAUAUGACUACGGACGAUAAGGAGGGUCUUGAGUUUAUCGUGAUCAGCGGUCAGCCUUUGAACGAACCGGUGGUGCAGUACGGUCCCUUUGUCAUGACCUCGGAGGAUGAAAUCCGCCAGACUAUCCGUGACUACCAGAGUGGAGCCAACGGAUUCGAGAACGCACCAAAGUGGACGUCGGAUAUUGGCAACCGAAGUUAGCACAAACUUGAGAGAGAGAAAUUAAUGACGCGUAGUUUGCACUUCUUAUUCUUUAUUUGCGAAAAUUUGAAAGCUGUUUAGCACGAUUAAUUUUAUGAUGUGUUUUAAGCAGCAAACGUAAGAUACCAAUCUUCUCGUUUUGCGAAUUGUCGAG